AUGAUUUUCGAUACGUCUCGGUUACCAAACCAUGUGUUUAUACUUAAAAAUGCUGAUUUUUUCCGAUUCGUACAAUCAUUAGCUGGUGAAGGGCUCUGUGAUUUACUUAGAAUACAAUCAAUCAAUUCUACAGAAAUAUUGAUGAGCACUGAUGAUGUUUUCGAUGUAUUUAAACUUGAUUCACCACAAUUCGAUGAAAUGAAAGAAAAACAUUUUUUCAAGCUACGGAAUGGACAAUAUGUUGUUAAACCUGGAAUCGCAAGUAGUUUAUCAUUUUUAACAAAAUUGUUACAAGCAAAGCAAGAAGAACAGCAAUCAUCAACAGACGAUGGUGAUCAACAAGAACGAACGAACGAUUUCAUUAAUAAUCAUCCAUUACUGAAAUCACUAGUUUCAUGGUAUCAGCACAAUGAUACUGAUAACAACAAAAAUGCUUGCAAGCAUUCAUUGUUUGAUUACUCUACACAAACAACAAAUGACAACAGUGAUGAAUUGGAAUUAGAUGAGGACGAGGAUGAUGCCGAUGAUACAACAAACAGUGAUGCUGAAGACAACGACGAACUAUUAGAGUCAAUCGGUGAAACCGGCGACAAUAUUGAUGAAGAAGUCAUGACUUCAAUAAAAUCAACUUUCUUCGUCAUCAAUAUUGUAGAUAAAGUUAGUCCGCACUUGAACAAUUCAUAUUUCAAAAUCAAAAUUAACGAGGAUUGGCAAUACUUGCAUAAAGAAUCAUGCUAG